AUGAAUGAGGAUACAGCUUUAUUACGAGAAAGCACCAAAAGCGACUGUAAAACAAUGCUCAAGAAAGCGUUUAUUUGGUUUUGGAGAAUUUGUAUAUUUGCUAUAACAGGUUCUUCAAGUGUUCAUGUCACUUCUGCACUUUUACAUUGGCUUCAUUUCCCAAAAAACACAUGGUAUUACUAUGUGGUAUUUAUCUUGGUAGAGACCGUAGUCUACACCAUCAUGCUCGUCUCUAUUGGCACUAUUCUCUUUCAAUGGCGAUACUUUUGUACAAUAGCCUUUAGAUUGUGGGCAUGGCUAAUGCCUAAACGAUGGAAAACUUGGUGUGCAAGACGCCUUGAUAACUCACCAGCAACACUUUUGUAA